AUGCAUGAAUGCAAAUGCAGUCGUGGCUAUACUGGACCGCAAUGUACAACUCAGGUAUCUGAAAGGAAAACCCUUGGUCUAAGUUACAUACUUGGGCCAAUGGCAGCUGUACUAACUGUUCUAACCAUACUUGGCUGUGUCCUGCUAGCGUUUUGUGCUUCGCGGAAAACGUGCCCUCCAUGGUCAUUACAGUCCCAGCCACCAGGAACGAAACGGUGCUCGAAUGCAGAUGAACUCCAUGGUCAAGCUGCCCCCUGA